CAGGGCGGGCGAGCAGCGGACUGUAAUUUUCUUGCAUGCAACAAGACGGAGGAAAAGAAAGAGAGAGGGGAGGAAAAAAAAAAAAAAAAGCUCCCGAUACCCAAUCAAUGGCAAGGCGAAGUGAUUGCCUUGCCUCUCGGAUUCCUCUCGGCAGCGUGGAAAACGAGCCCCGGGAAGGCAACUUCAACUCAUCCACCACUCCGUGCAGAGCACUCCGGUUCCCACGAGUCGGCCGAUCCCGGGUUCAGCCGGCUAGUGCAUCCUGCAGCUGGGGCGCCGUAACCUCACAAAUCCCUGCAUCUCUCUUUAUUCCCUUCUGCAGCGGCUCCAAGACUCCGGCGGUGUUUACUCCUGCGCUCGCGGGGCCGGCCCCCGGGGCGCACGGCGGCCCGGGCUGGAGGCGGCAGCGGCUGCGGCGGCGCUGGGUGGCGGUGGCGGCGGCGGCGGCGCCUCCUCCCCGCGGGCAGUGCCGGCCCCGAGCGGCGCUUCGCAGGCCCCCGCGCGAUCGCUGCCGACCGCCGCGUUCGGUCGCCGAAUGUUACCCGGUUCUGAAUGUUACACUUACACAUUCCAUUCCCGACACGACAGCGCUGACCUCAUCCAUCCACGCAGCCCGCGCUGCCAUUGGCCGAGCGUCACGUCCGGGGGGGGCGGUGCUUCCGCUGCGCCCAUUCAUAACCCCCGGCCGCGGGCUGAGGCGCCGGCGCGGCGUCGGGGGCGCGGGGGACGCGGGGAGCCGGGGCUUCCCGGGCUGCGUGCGGCUGGCGGGCGGGCGGGCUGGUGGAGCGCGGGGCGGCCCGGGGCGAGUCCCGUGGCCCCGCGACGCGCCCAGGCCAGGAUGUCGGUCUGCGCAGUGCCGGGGACCGGAGGCGCCUGCGGAAACGAGGCGGCCCGGGAAGGAGGAACCGGCGGGGGCCCCGUGCUUCGCGGCCCCGGGCGCCUUGGAGAAUCCGGUCUCCUGGGCUGCCUGCCGGAACGCCUAG